GUCCGUCAAAUCAGUGGUUCGGGCGAAGAGUUUUGCACAAUUGAAGAGUUUCACAAUUGUCUCAAAUUAUUACAAUCGGUGGGCAAUGGAGAGAGCGAUUUGGCCCUUCCUGUCAAUGAGGAUGAACUGGAGAACGCCUGCAUAGACCUAAAGGAUGGUGUGAUUUGUCUGGAUCUACACAUCCAGAAGUGCUUCUCACCUGAGAUGCAACAGGUCUACACCAAUGUGGCCACUGAUGCCAAACAGUUUGUCCGCGACCUCUGCAACAACUUUACCGUUCAAAGAGGUUUGUAAAACCAUUUUAUUUGUUU